UGGAAGCCAACUGGGAGCCCGAACCCCAGCACUCUUCCUGCGCGAGGUCUCGUCGCGGCCCUGCAAGUACCCGGGGCUCCCUAACUUCUUGGGGAGAAUUGUUCUGCUUCUCUGUGGGGUCCGUCGUGUCCGUCCGUUAGGUUCACCAGAGGGGUCCGUUUUAGGAAAGAAGGCCCAGAGGCUGCUGGCCCAAAGGAGGCCUCAUCAGUCCUUCUUUGAGUCCUUUAUCCGGACCCUCAUCAUCCUGUGUGCCUCCCUGGCUGUGAUCCUCUCCUCCAUCUCCAUCUGCGAUGGCCACUGGCUCCUGGCCGAGGACCGCCUCUUCGGGCUGUGGCAAUUCUGCACGACCUCCAACCAGACUGCCCCACACUGCGUCAGAGACUUGAGUCAGGCCCACGUGCCUGAGCUGGCCUGGGGCAUGGUCCUGGCCCGCAGCAUGGCCACCUUGGCCGUGGUGGUCGCCAUCUUUGGCCUGGAGUUCCUCAUGGUGUCCCAGGUGUGUGAGGACCUCCACUCACGGCACAAGUGGGCCAUGGGCUCCAUCCUCCUCCUCGUCUCUUUCGUCCUCUCCUUCGGGGGUCUCCUGAGCUUCCUGAUCCUUCUCAGGAACCAGGUCAGGCUCAUCGGCUUCACCCUGAUGUUCUGGAGUGAGUUCACAGCCUCCUUCCUCUUAUUCCUCAAUGCCAUCAGUGGCCUCCACAUCAACAGCCUCACCCAUAUCAACAGCCUCACCCAUUCCUGGGGCCAGCCUAUGAAAUUCAGGCUUCCUUCUGAGGACCUCAAAUUCUACCAGAAAGUGUCAUCAAGUGACUCUUCCAACCUAUGACCUUGAAUCUGCCACCUCUUAGCCCUAGGCCCUUUGCAGCUGGUCUGAAGCCCAGAGGCCAGUGGGUGCCUCAGUGCCACCAGCUGUACUGUUUUAGCCAAGUUAUUAGGAUGUUGAUUUUACAAGAAGAAAUUUUAAAACCUU